AUGGCCAACACGAAGAGCAGACUGGAAAAACAGAGCAAGAGGUCGGAGGAGGCUGAGGUUUCGUUCCUGAGGCUGGAAAGCUUCGGAGCGCAAAGCCCAGGAGCAUUUGCGUUUCAUGCUGCAGCUGGAAAAGAGUUUAGCGUGAGGCACUCUUGUGCCAUGAUCUCCGCACAGCAGCCACGGUUCCCCAACAAAAUACAAAGAGUAAUGGACUGCCAAACUGAGGAAGAAGCCUGUGAAGAGCAGUAUGACUCUGAAAACUGCACUUGCAGCUCCACAUGUGCAUCAUCAACAGCAGAAUCCAACUCAGAUUCACCAGUAAUUCUUAAAAUACUGCAGAACUGGGUUCCCAGAGUUUCCCACUACUUUGACAAAGAGCACUAUACUUACGCAGGCCACCAGAUCGUCAUCCAGGAAUCCAUAGAACACUUUGGAGCAGUGGUAUGGCCCGGGGCACUGGCUUUAUCUCAAUAUCUGGAAUCAAAUCAAGAACGAUUCAACCUCAAAGACAAGCAAGUUUUGGAAAUUGGCGCUGGAACAGGCUUAGUUUCCAUUGUCGCCUGCAUCUUAGGAGCUUAUGUCACAGCAACUGAUUUGCCUGAAGUUCUUGAAAAUCUCUCAUUUAAUAUUUCAAGUAAUACACAAAAUAUGAAUAUCCACAAACCUGAAGUGAGAAAACUGGUAUGGGGAGAAGGCCUCAAUGAAGACUUUCCUUCAUCAACCUACCAUUAUGAUUUCCUACUGGCAAGUGAUGUUGUAUACCACCAUACAGCUCUGGAUCCCCUGCUAGCAACAAUGGUGUAUUUUUGUCAGCCAGGGACAGUAUUACUAUGGGCAAAUAAAUUCAGAUUCAGUACAGACUAUGAAUUUUUGGAAAAACUUAGCAGUAUAUUUGAUACAACUAUCCUAGCAGAAUUUCCAGAAUCAAAUGUCAAGCUGCUUAAAGCCACAGUAAGAGAGAAUUGA